UAUUCUAGGGUAGCAGCGAGCGGUAACGAUAAAGUGGAAAUACGAUCCUUGUAAUUCAAAUUACCGCCAUCACGUUAAAAUCUAGUAGCGACAGUGCGUCGUUUCAUAUUUGACGAAAAACUUUGAAGAUGCCGAAUACAGAGUUCAAAAGCCAACGAGGAUUCACGAUUGGGGAUCUAAUGCGCAAACCCAAUCUGGUUCUGGAGGCUGGACACGAUAUCGACGAUGACGAAGACGACGAGGUGCAUGGUUUCAAUAACCGCAACAUCAGCAAUGAAGAGAUGCUGAAAUAUUUGAAUAUCGAUGACAACGAGGACAGCGUCAACCCUGAAAACGAUGGUGAAAAUCAGGCUGAUUCGAUUAAGAUUGUUCCAUGCAACACAAGCUUUGAGGAUCUCAAAGUUAAUAUGACCGAUGUAACGGGCGAAGGAAAGAUUUUCAAAUCUGUGAAGCAAGUUGGAGUUGGGGAAGUUGUGCCAAUGGAUGCCAUGGUGUACGUCCAGUACAUGGGCUACUUUGAGUAUCAAGACGAGCCAUUUGAUUCGUCCUACUUGCGCCUGACAUCAGAGAGGGUACGACUAAGCAAGGGAAUGCUGCUUUCGGGACUGGAAAUUGGGAUUCAGACUAUGAAGAAGCACGAGAUUUCUCACUUCAUCAUUCACCCCGAUUAUGCCUUCGGAGCCAUGGGCUGUCCUCCCAGAAUUCCUCCCAACGAGGAAGUCAUGUUCGCUGUGUACCUGAGCGACUUCGUCGAUAAUGCGGCUGCCGAUACUUACGACAACUUGGAUCAGGAGGAGAGAAAAUCUAUGGAAAAAGCAUUUCCUAAGGCAAUGGCUGUUCAUGCUACAGCAAAUGACGAUUUCAACAGAAAUAGAACAAAACAGGCUGCCAGAGGGUAUAUAAAAGUAGUCAAGAUCUUGGAGAAUAUCGCACUGGAAAACGAGGAAGAACAAACUACGCAACAGAAAGCAUUGACCAAGGCCUAUGUCAACUUGGGUAUCUGUUACAACAAACUCGGUGAACCUCGUAAAGCUUGUACUGUUUGCAGAGAUGUACCUGUGCCAAACGCAAAAGCCUAUUUUACGCACGGAAAGGCGCUGAUGACUAUGGGUGAAUACGAUAGAGCGAUGGAGGAAUUCCACAAAUCUCGAAUGAUCGAACCUAAUAAUCAAAGGAUUGCAAACGAAAUCAAACAGCUCAACGAACGUAUAAUGGCAUACAAAAAUAAGCAAAAGAAGCUGUUCUCAAAAUGGCUGCAGGUUAAGCCAGGUGAUGAACAAAAGGACGAGCAUGUUAAAUGUGCUCGUGAACUUUGCGAGGAUUUGAAAAACAAUCCGGAUGUAAUGCGGCAGCCUUUACCUGCUGGAUUGACCGAUCGCGAAUUGGACUGCUUUAAACAGCAGGCAGCUACUAUGGGCUUGUAUUUUACGUCUCACGAACGAUUCGGCCAUACUAAUUAUUAUAUUUCUAAACCAAGUUACGAGCCUACCAGACGAGCUUAAAGAUUUUUGUACAGUCCAUCGCCAACUCAAUUAGAGUACAUCAUCUUUUAAUUUUAAGAAUACAGUCUGAGGUGUUCGUUGGCUGGGAAAAUUUCUUCCAAGUCACAACCGUGAGACAUCUUUUUUCAGCGUUUUUGCUAGAAUUUAUGUUUGAUUAUAGAGUAAGCUCGGUGAGCCAGAAGUUUUUUUUCUUUUAACUCUAUACGCAUCAUCCUACAAUGUGAAAAAUUCACUCAUGCGACAGUGAUAUUUGACAAUAACUUAGCUUUAUUCAAAGGCCAAAGAUGCAACAAGUCAAAAUAGUCGUGUUUACGUAUUAUUUUGCUGAUGCCUUCACUCUGGGAAUGGGUGAUUUAAUUAUCUAUGUUACUUCACGUUUUGUUAUCUCAUUGAUCGUACCAUUAUUAAAGAUUUUAUUUUAUGUGUACGAAAAAUAUGAAU